GGGCUCCAUGAAGUGCGUCAUGGCGAGCCGUUUGUAGGGCGGCGGCGCGCGAUCGCGUUGUUGUUGCGCUCAUCUGUAUCGCUUUGGUUCGCCCUGCGAGCACGACGGCAUCUGCGUCAACACGCCGGGCUCGUUCGCCUGCAACUGCACCCAGGGCUUCACCGGGCCGCGCUGCGAGACGAACGUCAACGAGUGCGAGUCGCACCCCUGCCAGAACGACGGCUCGUGCCUCGACGACCCCGGCACCUUCCGCUGCGUCUGCAUGCCAGGCUUCACCGGCACGCAGUGCGAGGUCGACAUCGACGAGUGCCAGUCGGACCCCUGCAUGAACGGCGGCAUCUGCAACGACAUGAUCAACGGCUUCCGGUGCGUCUGCCCCAACGGCUUCACGGGCGCGCGCUGCCAGACCAACAUCGACGACUGCAAGUCCUCGCCGUGCCGCAACGGCGGCAUCUGCUACGACGCCGUGGCCGGCUACACGUGCGACUGCCCGCCGGGCUUCACGGGCUCCAACUGCGAGGUCAACAUCAACGACUGCCAGAGCUCGCCGUGUCACCGCGGCGAGUGCAUCGACGGCGAGAACUCGUUCACCUGCCAGUGCCACCCGGGCUUCACCGGCUACCUGUGCCAGACGCAGAUGAACGAGUGCGAGUCCAACCCGUGCCAGUUCGGCGGCCACUGCGAGGACCUCAUCAACGGCUACCAGUGCCGCUGCCGCCCGGGCACGUCCGGCCCCAACUGCGAGAUCAACGUGAACGAGUGCUACAGCAACCCGUGCCGCAACGGCGCCAAGUGCGUGGACGGCAUCAACCGCUACUCGUGCGACUGCGUGCCCGGCUUCACGGGCAACCACUGCGAGACCAACAUCAACGAGUGCGCCAGCAACCCGUGCGCCAACGGCGGCGUGUGCGUCGACAUGGUCGGUACGUUCCGCUGCGAGUGCCCGCGGGGCUACUACGACGCGCGCUGCCUCAGCGACGUGGACGAGUGCGCCAGCAACCCGUGCCUCAACGGCGGUACCUGCGAGGACGGCGUCAACCAGUUCAUCUGCCACUGCCCGCGCGGCUACGGCGGCAAGCGCUGCGAGCAGGACCUGGACGAGUGCGCCAGCAACCCUUGCCAGCACGGCGGCACCUGCAGCGACCACCUCAACGCUUACAGCUGCGCCUGUGUCCCCGGCUACUCCGGCACCAACUGCGAGACCAACAUCAACGAGUGCGCCAGCAGCCCGUGUGCCAACGGUGGCUCCUGCAUCGACCUGGUGAACGCGUACAAGUGCGUGUGCGAGCUGCCCUACACUGGCCGCGACUGUCUGCAGCGCCUCGACCCCUGCUCGCCCAACCGCUGCCGCCACGGAGCCCGCUGCACGCCGUCCGCCAACUACAUGGACUUCGCGUGCAUGUGCGACGUGGGGUACUCGGGGCGCCUCUGCGACGAGGACGUGGACGAGUGCGCCGUGUCCGCGCCGUGCCGCAACGGCGCCACCUGCCAGAACACCAACGGUUCGUACGUCUGCCUGUGCACCAAGGGCUUCGAGGGCCAGGACUGCCUCACCAACACGGACGACUGCGCCACCUUCCCCUGCCAGAACGGCGGCACCUGCCUGGACGGCAUCGGCGACUACAACUGCCUCUGCGUUGACGGCUUCACCGGAAAGCACUGCGAAGUGGACGUGGACGAGUGCGCAAGCAACCCCUGCCGCAACGGCGCGACCUGCAACCAGUACGUCAACUCGUACACGUGCACCUGCCCGCUCGGCUUCUCCGGCACCAACUGCCAAACGAACGACGAGGACUGCACCGAGUCGAGCUGCAUGAACGGAGGCAAGUGCGUCGACGGCAUCAACUCGUACACGUGCCACUGCCAGCCGGGCUACACGGGCUCCAACUGCCAGUACCGCAUCGACGAGUGCGACUCGAACCCCUGCCUCAACGGCGGCACCUGCAACGAUCACAUCAAGUACUACACCUGCCACUGCCCCUACGGCUACACGGGCAAGCACUGCGAGUCGUACGUGGACUGGUGCGCCAGCUUACCGUGCGAAAACGGUGCAACUUGUCGCCAGGACAAGAACCACUACCAGUGCCUGUGUGGCCCCGGAUGGACCGGCAAGGUCUGCGACGUAGAGAUGGUCUCCUGCAACGACGCUGCAAUCCGGAAAGGUGUACAAGCUGACCGUCUUUGCAAUAAUGGUACCUGUGAAAACAUUGGAAACAGUCAUCGUUGCCACUGUCUGGAUGGCUAUGCUGGAAGCUACUGUCAAACAGAAAUCAACGAGUGUGAAUCUGCUCCAUGUCAGAAUGGUGCCACUUGUCGUGAUCUAGUAGGAUCUUACAGUUGCCAGUGUGCUAAAGGUUUCCAAGGGCAGAAUUGUGAGCUGAACGUGGAUGACUGUCGGCCCAACCCUUGUCAGAAUGGAGGCACAUGCCAUGAUUUUAUCAACAAGUUCCGCUGCAGCUGUCCACCAGGAACUUUGGGCAUUAUUUGUGAAAUCAAUCUUGACGAUUGCCUGCCUGGUGCCUGCCACAACAACGGUACCUGUGUGGAUAAAGUGGGCGGGUUUGAAUGUAGGUGCCCACCAGGCUUUGUUGGUCCACGUUGUGAGGGUGACAUCAAUGAGUGUUUGUCCAGCCCAUGUUCAGAGGUUGGCACUCAAGAUUGUGUGCAACUUGUCAACAAUUAUGCAUGCAACUGUAAGCCAGGCUACAUGGGACGCCAUUGUGAAGCAAAGGUUAACUUCUGUGGAAGUUCUCCAUGCCAAAAUGGUGGAGUGUGUAGACAACAUCAAACUGGUCACACUUGUCAGUGUCCGGAUGGUUAUUCAGGCAUGAACUGUGAAUUCUUUGGGUAUGACUGUGACUCCAAUCCCUGUCAAAAUGGUGGAGUCUGUCGUGCAGAUGGUAGAGGAUAUGUUUGUCAGUGUUUGCCAGGAUCAACUGGACACCACUGUGAAGUAGACAACCGCAAUGAAUGUGAGAGCAACCCUUGUCAAAAUGGUGGAGCCUGUCAAGAUUACAUUGGAGACUACUUGUGUGAAUGUCCUCGUUUCUGGGCUGGUAAAAACUGUGAGAAGUACGAUUCCAAGUUUGCUGGAGGAAUCUAUCGUAUUGGAAAGCCCAAAGUAUCCAGUUUGGACCUGGAAAUUGAACAGGCCAAGUGUGUUGCUAAUGGUUGCGAAGAGAAGGCUGGUAACAGAAAAUGUGAUCAAGAAUGCAAUACAUAUGCCUGCCGGUUUGAUGGAAAUGACUGCUCACUUGGUAUUGACCCAUGGCGCAACUGCUCAACCCCAACAAGAUGUUCUCAAGUAUUUGCCAACAACCAUUGUGAUCCUAUUUGCAACAAUCCUGGCUGCUUGUUUGAUGGCUAUGAUUGUGGACGGUUGUUUGAACCCUGCAGUCCUCUCUAUGAUGCCUUCUGUCAAAAACGAUAUGCCAAUGGAAUUUGUGAUGAACGGUGCAACACUGCUGAGUGCAACUGGGAUGGAAUGGAUUGUGAGAAGGAUUCACCCAAACUAGCAGAUGGUGCUUUCUCCAUCAUUCUGAGUAUGGAUAUGCACUCCUUCCGCUCGAAUCUUAUUCCAUUCUUGCGUCUACUGGGUCAUGAGCUUCAGACAACUGUGAGAGUGAAGCAAGAUGACAUGGGCAAUGAUAUGAUUUAUCCCUGGAACCUGCAGCCACUGGCAGGAGGCUCAAAUAUUCGGUCUGGAGUUAUUGCGUACUUGGAGCUAGAUAACAGGCGUUGUCUUUCAUCUGAAGAGACAGAAUGUUUUUCAUCUGCCACUGAAGCUGCCGAGUUCCUUGCUGCCAAGGCUUCAAAGAUGUCUUUAUCCCAAGCUUUCCCUAUUUAUCAAGUACAGAGGAUACCACCCGAUGAUGAAGAUAACACUGGUGCUCCAACAAAUGCUAAAUAUGUAAUGGUGGGAGUGAUGCUAGUAGCACUCAGUGGUCUGCUUAUUGGAGUUUUGGUCACAGCCCAACGCAAGAGGGCUGCGGGCAUCACUUGGUUCCCCGAAGGUUUCCUGCGUAACAACAGUGGACCACGUAGACGGUCCAGACGCCGAGGACCGGAUGGCCAGGAAAUGCGCAACCUCAGCAAACAGGCUUCGAUGGGCUGCAUUGACAUGGAACUUCCCCCUCACGGCAUGGGCGCUUCGUGUGGAAGCAUGGGAGGAAUGAGCAACAUGAUGGCUCAGAGCCACUGGUCUGAUGACGAAAGUGACCUGCCGCCUCCCAAGAGAAUGCGCGGUGCAGACAUGGGCGGCGGCUACGCAUCGGACCACACAGUUGUAACCGAUUAUGAGGAGGCUGAACCUCGAAUGUGGUCCCAACAACACCUAGAUGCUGCCGACAUUCGCCGUCCUGAUCCCGGCAUUAUGACUCCACCCUUGGACAACACCUGUGAUGUGGAUGUGCGCGGGCCUUGCGGUAUGACUCCUCUCAUGGUGGCUGCUGUUCGUGGAGGCGGACUGGACACUGGCGAAGAGGAAGACGACGAGAACAGCUGCCAGGCCAUUGCUGACUUGGUCGCCCAAGGUGCCGACCUCAACGCUGCCAUGGACAAGACUGGCGAGUCCCCUCUGCACCUGGCGGCCAGGUACGCGCGGGCUGACGCUGCCAAAAGACUGCUGGACGCUGGCGCUGAUGCCAACGCCCAGGACAACACUGGACGCACCCCUCUCCACGCUGCAGUGGCAGCAGAUGCCAUGGGAGUGUUCCAGAUCCUUCUCCGCAACCGCGCUACCAAUCUGAACGCCCGUAUGCAUGAUGGAACGACUCCGUUGAUUCUCGCCGCUCGGCUUGCGAUUGAGGGUAUGGUGGAAGAUCUCAUCAACGCUGACGCUGAUAUCAACGCAGCCGACAACUCUGGCAAAACUGCUCUUCAUUGGGCGGCUGCAGUCAAUAAUGUCGACGCUGUCAACAUUUUGUUGGCACAUGGUGCCAAUAGAGAUGCACAGGAUGAGAAGGAAGAAACACCAUUAUUCCUGGCUGCCCGUGAAGGCAGUUAUGAGGCAAGCAGAGCAUUGCUGGACAACUUUGCUAAUAGGGAAAUCACAGAUCACAUGGACAGAUUGCCAAGGGAUGUGGCUAGUGAACGGUUACAUCAUGACAUCGUGAGACUACUCAACGAUCAUGUACCUAGAAGUCCACACCCUGUUUCAGUUAUUUCAAGUGGCCCAUUAGUGGGUGCUGAUGCUCUCCUUCCCUUCACAGCUUCUCCAGGACAGCAUCCGCUUAUCACCCAGCCAACUGUGAUUGGGUCUAAACCUACCAAGUCAAAGAAGAGGCCAAAAUCAUCAAUGCAUGGCAAUGGCCCUACAAAUAAUCCAACAAGUCCUGACAUGGACAAUAAUAACGGCACAGCUGUUAGAAGGAAACCUAGUGUCAAGAAAAAGAAACCCAGUCCAUCCCACAACAUGGACCAGGGAAUUCGCAGUGUAGAGAGUGUACUAGCCUUGUCACCGGGGGAGUCCCCCGGCCUGCCAGACUAUGAAAGUGGGCAGAUCUACGGUAGUCUACUAAGCGGGCCGGUCAAGCAGCCGCCGAGCUAUGAAGACAGCUUCAAACCUCUGCACCAGCUGGACCAGUUGGACCGAGCCGAAGCUUUAGAUCACUACAGUGGUCCCUACGGUCUGACCAACUUUCACGACCAGCAGACGACGCUCGGCCUGCCGCCCCACGGCCGCCAGGCGUCGCUCCCCCUGACGCUGGGCCAGCCGCAGCAGCUGCAGCUGCACCCCAACACGCUCUCGCCGCCCUACUCCAACAACCAGAGCCCGCCCCACAGUAUUAACAUGAGCCUGUCGCCCGGCAGCUACCUCAGCUCCCCCUCGCCCACCAAGUCACGACCGUCGCUGCCCACCUCGCCUACGCACUACGCGGCCAUGCGCGCGGCGACGCACCAGAAGCAUGGUGGCCCUACUGGCAACCAGCAACCGGUGAGCUUCGACUUCGAGCUGGGGGCGUACAGCCUACAGUCGCAGAGCCAGCAGCUGCAACAGCAGCAGCAACAGCAAAGUUUACAACAGCAACAGCAGCAGCAACAACAGGGUUCGAAUUUUUACCCGCAGUACCUAACACCUCCCUCUCAGCACUCUGCUCACCUAGGGCCAGACGGAACGCCUCAGCACCAGCCGCAAAUCCAGGCUCCUGAGAACUUCCCUACGCCCUCACCCGAGUCACCGUGGAACUGGUCCUCUUCCUCCCCCUUGUCCAACUCGGACUGGUCGGAGGGAAUAUCCAGUCCCAAUGCGUGCCCGCAGUCCAGUCAACACCCCAAGUCUGAAGCUAUUUAUAUCUAGGACUGAUGUGAUGAUGUACUGAGAUGUGCUGAGAACAUGCCAAAGUAGAAAGACUUGUACAAACAUGGAAAAGAGUGAAGCAGACACUCGACCUUUGCCAUGAAGCAUUUAGAAUAUUUUAAUGAGAAAAUUUUUAAGCCAUGACUGAAAAUGAAGACGACUAACAAAGACUGGCUCAUGUAUUCUCUCUUCCUUUCUGAAAAGGAAUGUUGUAUUUAUUGAUACAUUUGAGUUAGUACUACUGCCAUUUUAGUGCCUUUAUGUAUGUAUGUUUUUCGGUGACCAAUCCAAUCCAAACAGUGCACCUAUUAAAAUUUUAUCGUAUCUAUUUAUUUUUGUUGUGUGCUAGUGAAAGUGCUCAAUUGUUUUCUAUGACAACCGACUUAGGUGCUUCUGCAUACUAAAAUGUAGUUAGCCUUUUUUUUAAAUAUCUUUUUUCUACUUUGUGUGCACCAUAAGACAGCAUUAUUGUAGGUUGUAAAUUAUGACUUAAUUAUUACUUUUGUGCUCUCAGUUUUUUGGUGCAUCAAGAUCUCAUUAUUGUAACAUACACAUUGUUGGUCACAAAAUUCAAAUGCUGCCAAGAAGUGAUCUUUUAUAUGUUUGGAGGUGUGUUCUUGUGCUGGCUGUUGGACUAAUGUCAUUAUAUAACUCAUCCAGGAUAUACAUCAUUGUACGAGUUAUUUGUUAAAAGAAUCUUUUUUAUAAAUUGCCAUUUUGUAAAUAUAUAUAUCUUUUUACUUAAAUGUACAAAGUAUUUAGUACGUAUUUAGCCUAUAUGUGAAAAAUGUUUGUGUUAUGUGUCAAAUACAUAGUCCCUUGCUUUAUUGUUUGUGACAAUGAAGUGUGGCAAUUACCUGCAUUUCUGUACAUAUGAAGCAAAAUCCACACCUUUUGCACUUUGUGAUUUUUAAAUGAAUGGUAUCUUUCUCCAUAGACAUUGGAUGCAUGCCUGCAGAGUCAUUUGUGCUGUUUUUUCUGUGUUUGGGCUAAUUUUUUUGAAAAUUUAUCAGUUGGUCCACUCAUAUUGUCUUACAUAUUUGUAUGCAUGCUAUUUAUUCUGGUUAGUUGUAAUACAAUAAUGAAUUCCCAAAUUUUGAUAUGAGUGAUAAAUUUAAUUUUGAAUGCUCAGGUUUGAGUAAAGUACAAAUCAUAUCAAAAGUUUUUGUUCUUUAGUGACUAUUCACCUGCCUCUUCUUUUCCAGGAAGAGACCUGACUGACGUGAUGGUUUUAUUCUUUCAUGCUCUUUAUUGAAAGUGUAACUCUUAUAAACAUUUGAUUAUGCAGUGCUAAUUGUGACCCAUUUUCUCAUCACCAACACCCCCUGAAAAAAGAUUGUUUUGUUUUUUUGAUUUGUGUUAAUUGAAUACUCCUUACUGAAUCUCUGUUAAUUUUCAUAGACCAAUUAUGUAAAAGAACUGAUUUCUUUUGUACAGAAAGAUACUGUACCAAUCUGUCAUGUCAUGAACAUGUUUGUAAAUUAUUUACUUUGUGAUAAAUAUUGUUAGAAAGUUAUUUAGACUUCUAUUAUAAUGUAAUGUACAAUAUGGUAUCACCAACAUUUGUGAUUAAAUGGAGGCAGGUAAGUGGAAGAGGUGACUUUCCAGUUUCUGAAAAUUGUGUGAUUGUAUCUACCUAUAUGUGCCUGCUAAGGCUAAUUAAUUUUACUUUUCAAAAGAUUUUGGUAUGAAAUAAUGAUCAGAAACCCUUUUCUGGUCAGUAAAGUUAUUACUAUUCAGUGAUAUCCUUAUUUUUGAUAGAGUAAUUUCUGGGUUUUCACUUAUUCAUAAUUAUCUGCCUGCAAUGAGUGGUGAUCUAACUAAUAACAUCAGGGAAAAUUUGAAUGUCAUCUUUACCCCUGGGACCAUGAUCAAUUUGUAAAAACAACUGAUAUUAUAUUUUCCUAGAUAGUGAUGUGGUAAAGCAACCCUGAAGAUUCAGGCAAAGCUAUGGAAAGUAGUUUUUAGCCAAUCAAUCAAUAAAUCAGUGUAUUUGUACUUA